AUGGCGAACAAUGACGUCGAGGAAGCUCCCCGUAAGGUGCUGGUGGCGAUCGACGAGGGCAAGAUCACGGAGCAGAUGCUAGAAUUCGCCAUGUCGCAGCUGAUGCGCAAGGACAAAGACAGACUCGUCAUACUCAACGUGCGACACGCGCAGCCAUUUCCCGGCUCGGAGCGCGUUUUUUCGUCGGCGCACGAGGCGAACAUGUGGGAACGCAAGGCGCGCGAGCAAAGCCGGCAGCUCCUCGCGGAUCUCGAGGCCAAGGCGCACGAGGCGGGCGUCGCAUCCGUGUCGCUCGUGUCCACCGACGGCGAUCCGAGGGAAAAGAUCGUGCAUGUGGCAAGGGAGAGCCAUGCGGAUCUGGUGGUGGUGGGGAACCGCAAGGGGGGCACGCUCAACCGACUGAAGCACAUGAUGGGCAGCGUCUCUGACUACUGCGCGCACCACAGUCCCUGCCCUGUUGUCAUCUACCGACAAACCUGUCCCUGA